UCCUUUAGAUACCUCACUUACCAAAUUAGAUCCUCACCAUGUUAUGAAUUAGACUGGGUUUUUGGUACGUAGUUUAAAAACUAAAACAAUUUUCAUAUGAUUAGUGUUGAAGUUGGACCAGAUUAAUUAGAUAACAUAGCAGAAAACUGUGCAGGAAAACACAGCAGCAGUUCCUGCGCCUAGAGCGCAGACACCAGUUUGUGUCCCCUGCUCCUGCGCUUAAAGCUCAGCCAGUUCGUUUAAAGUGCCUUUGACAGCCCUGUUUUACCCUGUUAUGUGUUUUCUGACGCUUUUGGGACGCCGUAAUGUCCCUAAUGGACUAAGAUUAAUUAGGAAUGAAAAAUGUAGCUGUUAGUUUAACCAAUUGCAUAAGUUUGGGUAGAGAAAACAAAUAGAAUACUUUGGAUACCAUUCCUAGUUAUUAAUUUGUGUAUCCACUAAUACUAAAGAAGCGUGUUAAUUAAUGACAAAUUAUAAGCGCAUAUUGAAGAACAAAAAUAAGUAAUAAGCAAAAUAAUAAAAGACCUAAAAAUAUCAAGAUAAAAGAAAAUACUGUGAGUCUCAAUUCAUAUAUAUCGUGAUCAGUUGCAUCGACAUAAUUACAAAACAAUGCUGUAUGUAGUGUUAUGAACACUACAAGAAUGCAACAAAAAAUAAAGAAAUCUUAAAACUAACCCAGUAAUUAAUAAUUUGUGAAAAUCUUACUACAAUGAUUCAUCAAAUUCCUAUACUUUAAGUCUAUACUCUUUAAUUUGAAAUUCAUGUUGAACACUUUGCCUUGCAUGUCAUAUGCAGUGACAUAUAUUCCUUCUUCAACAUCUUCACCUUCUUUUAACAAUGGCAAGAAACGAUCGACCUAUUGUUGUUGUAGAUUCUUUCACAAAUCUUUUUGCCACGAAAAGUUAUUUUGAAUUUUCUAAUAACCUCCUUCUUUUGGAAUAGGAUAGCUUACUAUUGAAGAAUAAUGUGAAGACUGAGUUGCGAUUCUUGAAAUCUUGAAUUUUGCCUAAUUUGGUUUAAUGGUUUAAUAUUUUAAUGAUGUAUCUUGAGCGACAAACAUUCAGUGUUAACUACUCUGAAUAAAAGGAUCAAUAUAUAUAAUGGGUAAGAAACCCUAAUUGUGUAUUAAAUGCAGUGCUAGCUGUUAAAAAGAUAACAAAAUCUAUUUACUUACCAUUCCAGAAUACCAAAAUAAUAAGCUUGUGAUAAAUUUAUUUUGUUACCAUUCCAGUAAAACAAUAAAAAGUUUGUUACCGUAAUAAAUGCAGAUGCCUUUUUUUUUUUUUUUGAAAAUCCCUUUAUUUUCAUUAAUCACAUAUCUUUUUAACUAAUAAAUCUUAUCUUUUUAAAAGAUAUUUUAGUAGAUAUUGUUUGAGAUUUAUUUUAGGGUUCAUAUUUCAACUAUAUAUGAGUGUACCAAAUAUAGUUUCCCUCACUUCACACUUUCUAACCACGCUUGCUGUUUUUAGUGUUCUCACUUUGUUUUCUUUUUCUUUCUCAACAACAUGGAAGUACCUCAUGACAUUGCUUUUGAGAUAUUCUCAUGGCUACCGGCAAAAAGUAUUUGUAAGUUCAAUUCAACUUGCGAGUCAUUCUUUAAAUUUUCACAAGAAACCACUUUUAAAACAAAGCAAACUCGUAAUUUGUUGCGGAAGGAUGACACAUGUUUCUUCAUUCAACCCGAGAAAAUAAGGCAAAAGUUCGAAAAAAGAGUCGAGUUACAUUCUUUACCUAAAGAGAAACAGUCUUCUGGUGUUCCUAAUAAUGUUCUUACAUUCCUAUCAAAUUCAGUUUCUGUCUUAGCUUCUUGUAAUGGUUUGGUUCUUUGCCGCACCAUUAAUGAUGACUCACUUGACUUGUUCAUUUGUAACCCAAUCACAAAGUCUUGGUCUUCGAUUCCUAUCCCAGAGUCACUUCAAAUAAACGAUAAUUUUGCAAAUAUUAAUAUCAUGUUAGACUGCUCCCGUAGCAACCUAGAUGAUUACUCGGUGUUUUUGUUUAAAGAGACAAAUUUCAAGGAAUGGUCACCAACUUACAUAUGCAAUGUUUAUCAUGGAAAAGAAGGCUCAUGGAAAACAAUGGCAAAUAGUUUUUCCCUCCGGUGGAAGAGACAUGAAAUUUGACAUGGCUGUGUUUCAUAACAAAGCCAUUCAUGUUAUCUCGGAUAGUGCUUUUUACUUUACGAAAUCAAGUGCUUUUUAUGAUCCAUAUAUAAUGUCUUAUAAUCUGGAAAAUGGCACAUCAACUUUGCUUAAGUUGCCAACAGAGGCGAUAAAAGAUUGUCAUAACAUGUGUAACAUGAGCAUAUUCAAUUGGGGUAAAGUCACAAGUUCCAAUAGUUCCAUUUGUUUGGUGAAAUUAAGAGAUUCUGGUUUUACAAUUUGGAUUUUAAAAGAUGAUAAGUCAAGUUCAUGGGAAAAGCUUUUGGAAGUGAGAUUGGAAGCAUUGGAAUUGAAGGAGGAAAAUCCUAUUGUUACCGGGUUUACCAUUAUGAACGGUGAUCUCUUAGUGUUUGCAACGGAGAAAAAUGUUUAUAGUUGUGGUUUGGACAAUGAGAAAUCUACGAAGGUUGAAGAAAUAUGCCAACACAAUUGUGGAUCUAACACCCGUUUUAUCGCAUACUCGGAUACUCUUCGCUCGUGUGGGACUAAUGCUGAAACUAUGCCUUGUUAGGGGCUGAUGUUGUAUUGCUUUUCGCGGUCUGCUAUUCAUUUCCUCUAAUGACUCAAUUUAAUACCUACCGAAAUGGCUCUUUAAAGAAAGGCUCUAUUCACAAGAAAAUAAUGAGAAUUGCAACUAUAGUUGUUAUAUUAUAUAUGUUGCCAAGUUUAGUAAGUUGUUAGGGGAUUUUUGAGAAGUUGUAACUUGUAACGUUUAAUAUAAUUCAAGGCAUUUAGUAUUAA